CUGUUGAGCACUCGUGGCUUCCAGAUAGCACACCUCUGAAGUCGCACAAACUUCUGAACUUGCUCAAACUUAAAGUUUGAGCAUAAACUCUUUGUCUUUCUCGAACUGUUAUCUCACUUUGUGCAGAUCCUCUCUGAAUAAUUUCCCUGAAUUCUGUUGAUGAGGAGGAACCGAAAAGCAAGUGACUCCAAGUGAACUUGAGCAAACACAUGGUUUUAGAGUGAGUGUAGUGGAGGUUUGAGUGUAGUAGAGAUACAGACUAUUUUUAAGGUGCUUCAGAGUUGUGCUAUGCUGUUUUGAGUUUAUAGUGUCAAAGUUUUUUUUUAACAUUAGAGUCUCUCGUUUUUGGGGUUCUUCUUGAGUUCUCUGAUUUUGGAUGAUGAAGUGCAAGAUCUGUCUAAUCUAUGCCUGCAUAGUAAUCGGUGCGCUUACGCUCAUAGCAGGCAUUAGCAUCAUCGUGGUUGGGGAUUUGCACACACGAAUAGAGGAGAAGCUCAAAAGGGAGAUCACUCUGACUGAAGGUAGUAAGGUGUUCCAGACAUGGAAGAAUCCUCCUCCUCCUGUCUUCAUGGAGUUUUUCUUCUUCAACGUCACAAACCCAGAUGAGUUCAUGGCUGGACAGAAACCACGUCUCACACACAUGGGACCAUACACUUACAGGGAGUACAGACCCAAGGAGAAUGUCACCUUUGUGGAAAAUGGAACCAAAGUUUCUGCUCUGACCCCCAAAACCUUCGUGUUUGUGCCGGAAAUGUCAGCUGGAGACCCGAGCGUGGAUCUCGUAACUACUGUUAACAUCCCAGCUGUGGCGGUGAUGAAUAAAUUAAAGGAUGUGAGUUUCUGGGUCAGAUCAGGCAUUUCCAUGUUCAUGAGUUCAAUUAAAACCACCAUGUUUAUGACGCACACUGUGGAUGAGCUGCUGUGGGGUUUUAAGGAUCCACUGCUCAGCCGUUUACGAGCUGCCAGACCCGAGGUGGACGAGAACUUCGGCCUCAUGCUAUACAAAAAUGGAAGUAACGAUGGCGAGUUUGUUUACUACACCGGAGAAAAUAACUACUUGGACUACGGCCGCAUCGACACCUGGAAGGGUGAAAAGAUGAUGUCUUUUUGGGCCACCAACCAGAGCAACAUGAUUAAUGGGACAGAUGGUAGUGCUUUCCACCCAUUCCUGACUAAAGAGGAGCGUUUGAAUGUAUUCACUGCAGAUCUGUGCAGGUCAAUCUACAUGUUGUUUGAGAAAGAGGUGGUGGUGAAGGGGAUUCCAGCGUAUCGUUACACUCCUCCUCGUGCUGUGUUAGCCAGUGGAAAGAACAAUCCUGAAAAUGAAGGUUUCUGCCUUGAGAAAGACAAAUGCCUGGAUGAUGGAGUCUUAAACGUGGCAGUGUGUCGCAAAGGUGCUCCGGUCAUCGUCUCUUUCCCUCAUUUCUACUUGGCUGAUAAGAAAUAUGUCGAUGCCAUAGAGGGAGUUUCACCAGUGCAUGAACAUCAUCAGACUUUCCUCGAUCUGAACCCUACCACAGGUGUGCCAGUUCGUGCUGCUAAAAGAGCCCAGAUAAACAUUAAACUUGAUAGAGUAACUGGAUUUCCAUUAACCAGAAACCUGAACGGUACCAUCUUCCCUAUCAUGUUCCUAAAUGAGUCCGUUGUGAUUGACGAUGCAUCAGCUCAGAAGCUGCAGAAUCUGCUUUUAAUUGUGAAAGUUGUUCCAAACUUCCCUUUCAUCCUGCUGGCCCUGGGAGCCACUCUCUUACUGAUCGGCCUUAUCCUCUUCUACUUCCACACGAAGAAGAGCUCGGUAAAGAAAGACACAUCGUACUCUCCCGUCAACGCUAAAGAUGACGACUCAGUGGAGAAGAAUGGCACUUUCAUCGGCAUGACGCCUGUGGAGAAGUCUUGAACAGGACCUGCCGGUGUGAGAGUGUGUGUGUGUGAGUGUGUGUGUGUGUGUGUGUGAGAGAGAGAGAGAGAGAGAGAGAGAGAGAUGCUACUGCUCCUAAAAAAUGCUGUUUGUUUUUUUUUUUUUUACAAUCAACUCAUUGGAGUUUGAAAUGUGACAUCAAUAGGCUUCCACUCAGGAUGACCAUGGAGCUGUGAACGAAUGAAUGAGUGAGUGAGUGAGUGAAUGAAUGAAUGAAUUACAAAUGAAUGAAUAAGAGAGUCUAGAGUCUUGGAUUGAAUUGAAAUAUAUUUGUUAAUGAGCUGAGGAAGCACCUGGCAGGGCAUUUCCGGUCAGAUUUCAGAUUCAGAGGUCAGCGGAGUUACAGGUCAAAUAUAUAUAAAAUAGAAAAUGUAGAAUUUUAAGAAAAAAGAGAACAUGUAGACUAAAAAUGCAUUAUUUCACAUUGCAGGGAUGCAGCAGUUGCUAGCAAGGAGACUGCUUUUGUGCCUUAUAGUCACAUCCAAAAGUCUGAAUCCACCACCGAGAACUGUUUAUAUUUCAUCAGGAUUUAAAAAUGAACGGAUCUCCACUAAUUUAAACACUGUGCCCUAAUAUAAUUCCAGAAGAGUGAGGAAAUGAAGUGAAGAGUGAGGACUAAACUAAUUGAGUGGAUAUCAGGUGUUAGUCAUGAAGGGCUGUAUUCAAAAUUGGCGACUUAAGUCCAAAAAAAACCCCACAACAGUUCCCACUGUAUUACAAGAUUUCAUGUUACUAUCCUGUAAUAAACCAUAUAUUCAGAUUCCAGUCAUAUGAGAUUCAUAUAAAAAGGGAAAACUCACUCAUCACUUAUUUUUAAAUAAGUAUUAGCUGAGUUGGUGUUUUUUGGUGGUGAAUUUAAACUUUUAAUCCUGCUCAUGAGCAGAUUAUGAGCCGUUCAUUUACAUGAGAGUGUUAAACGCUCUGAGCAUCGUUACAUACGAGUCUGGUCCCAUUUCAUGUAUUUCAACCACUACAUCAUUUUUCAAAUGUGUUAAUAAUUGCAUUUCAUUUUGUCCUUUUUUUCUUUGUUAUUGUGUUUUAAUGUUUUAACUGAUGAAGUUGCUGCCUUGUUUGACUGCUUUGGUAUCUACAGUAAAACCGCCGAACCAAAUGAAAGUGUUUUAUUGGGAUAGGACGGCUAUGCUAACAUUUCAGAUUAUGUUACUACUGUUACUGUGUAUAUUUUAACAGUUAUCACUUAACCUAUUGCCGGAGACGUAAAUAUUAAUACAUACUAUAUAGUCAUAUUGCACUAAAAAACACUCUGUGUUUAAUGUUUAAUGCGCAUACCAUUGUUGUUAAAGAAAUGUUAUAUUAAUUUGCAUUGCAUUACGUUUCUUAAAGCCCCUCUUCUGUUUAAUACUUAUGUCCUAUUAUCUCAGAUUUACUUUUUGAUUUUAUGGUGAUACUCUUAUAACAUUUAUUAUUAUUAUAUCUUAUUUCCUCCCCAAUAUGAACAGCACUGAUCAAAACAGACACACAAAAGUACUUCCCAUGUUUGGCGAUCCUCCUGAUGGCAGGUGUGUUUGUAUAUAUGAGAUGACGUAUAUGAAAUUAACAUCUAAUGUGUAGAAAAAAAUCCUCUUUUGGUUCAAAUUUACAACCGCCAGCUAUUUUCUCAGGUCCGAAAUGACCCAAACAUCAUUUCGAUAAUGUACAUAUGAUUAAAAAACCUUUUUUUUCAUAUUCUUUAGAGACAUUAAGCCAAACAUAAAAGUUAAUCCAUGCCUAUUUUUUGAUCAUAUGCAAAAUAUACUAUUUUCCAGUUUUUAGCAUAAGUAUGGAAUUAUUAAACAACUAUUUGUCGUUACAGUCUUCGAUCAGAAUUCAAUUUAAAUGUAAAAAAUAAAAAUCUGUAUUCACCGUGUUCUCACAUAGACCAAUGUCAUGUCUCCUUUGUCCUUUGUACUCUGGAUUAUGGGAUUAAAAUGUCAAUAGUAGUAAAGAUGAAGUUUAAAUCAUAUUUAUUAUGUGAAAAUAUGUGAGAAAGAAAUUCAAAGUUGUGCCACACUUGUACAAUGCUUUAUGUAAGCAGGUUUAUUGAAGUUUUAUUAGGAAAAUGAUUCUUUCCUAACCCAUAUGUGUGAUACAGACCCUUGCAUUUCAAAUGGUAGACUUUCUAAAUUCAUAAAUGUCUAUACAAUGUUUUGUAUAUAUGAUAGGCCAUUGUGUGUAUCAUACUUUCAGUAUAAAUAAAACUAAAUCUGUUGGAA